CGAUCAUUCAACGUGGAUCCCGGUGCGGCUCCCUAUUGAUCUGUUCGUUCCCAAGAACUGCCGCAAUUGGUGGAUAGCCGCAUGGUACCCGUACACUAUCCGGACCACACCGCGCGGAGACCUGCGUCGUGCGACCGUCCUGGAUCCAUUCAAGAAGCAACCACCGAUGCGUACUUCCGCUAGUGAACCGUGAUGCUUCUCCGGCUCCUCCCCGUCGCCGCCGCGCUAGCUGGCUUGGUUUCGCUUGUACGGGCCACCGACAUUACCGAUAUCCAGGGCCCUGCCUUUCUCUCGCCUCUGAACGGACAAAAGGUACAUAAUGUUACAGGUGUUGUUACAGCGAUCGGCGACUCUGGAUUUUUCCUACAGGGCACUCCGUCCUCGGAUGUCCGGAAGUCCGCCGGCCUGAGAGUGUUCACGACGAGCAAGACUAUCCUGGCUCAAAUUGCCGUUGGUGACCUCAUUUCUCUCGACGGCAAAGUCAACGAGUUCCGCUCGUCAACUGCUCCCAACGACCUCUUCGGUACCGAGCUCGGUUCUCCAGCGAACAUCACCGUCAUUGCGAAGAACAGCACCAUCACCCCGGUCGUCAUAGGCAAACAUCGUCUUCCACCUACCCAGCAGCUAUCUGCCCUGGAUGUCGCAGCUGGCCACGACGGCUGGUUAGCGGUACCCAACAACCAGUCACAGAUCGAUGCUGUUAACGCGACCCUCCAGCCACACAAGUUCGGUCUUGACUUUUGGGAGAGCUUGGAGGGCCAGCUCAUCACCGUCCCUGCGCCGACCGCUAUCGACUUCGAGAAUUCGUUCGGCGAGUUCUGGGUAUACGGUGACUGGCCUGUGACUGGCAAAAACUCUCGCAAUACGCUAACCCUCACCCUUGGUCCUGACGGAAUCCCGGAUGCUAACCCGGAAGUGAUCAUUGUUGGGUCGCCAUUGGAUGGUACCGAUAAUCCCUCUGUCGCUUUGGGCACCACACUUUCGGACAUCACAGGUGUCGUAGUCUUCCAAUUUGGCUUCUUCUACGUCUUACCGUUGACCGCCCCUUCGAUUCUUACGAAGCCUAACUCGACGGUCCCCCCUACGACGCUUGUCUCCACCAAGAACGCUUGCGAGAUCACUUUCGGCGAUUACAAUGUGGAAAAUUUGGGGCCGACCACUGCUCAUCUUCCUACCAUCGCAACGCACAUCGCCCAGUUUCUCCGCAUGCCGGACAUGAUGUUCUUGCAAGAAAUACAAGAUGAUGACGGACCCACCAACGACGGCGUUGUUACUGCCAAUGUGACCCUUCAAACGCUCGUGAACGCUAUCGCAAAUAUCACGAAUAUCACGUACAGCUUUGUCAACAUCCCCGGCGUGAAUAAUGCAGACGGAGGAGAACCGGGAGGAAACAUUCGUCAGGCCUACCUCUGGAAUCCUAAGAAGAUCUCCCUCGUGUCUGGAGCGCCCGUCGGCACCGCGCUUGAGGCUGUCCAUGUAACCGGAUCCUUCCUCAACCCGAAGCUGAGCCUGAAUCCUGGGCGCAUCGAACCCAACAACUCCGUCUGGGAGGAUUCCAGAAAGCCUCUGGCUGCCGAGUGGCAGACGGCGAAUGGACAUCGCUUCUUCACGGUGAAUCUCCAUCUUGAGUCGAAAGGCGGCAGCACUACGGAGGAAGGCAACGCACGGCCUCCCGUCAAUUUGCCUGUCGAAAAGCGUACAGGCCAAGUCAAUGUGACAGCGAAUUUUGUCAAGCAAAUUCUUGCGAAAGAUCCGUCGGCCAACGUCAUCGUCGCGGGAGACUGUAACGAGUACACCCAAACUCGAUCUGUGUUCCACUCGUUCAAAGGAAUUCUGAACGACAUCGAUGUAACGUCCGGUGUUCCUCAGGUCGAGCGUUAUACAUACGUUUUCGACAUGAACACAGAACAGCUGGAUCACAUUUUCAUAUCUGAUGCCAUUGCGUCGAGGGGGACCGAAGUGGAACAUGUCCAUGUGAAUCAGUGGGCGCCCAGCAUCGAUGCGCGUACUAGUGAUCAUGAUCCUACGGUCGCGCGCGUGAAGGUAUGCUAG